AUGAUACAUCGUCUCGUUCUCGGCUACAGAAUAAUUUAUCAGAGAAGGCAUUUGGCGUUGCCUGCGUCUAAACACUUGGUGAAGCAUAUAGCCGGCACUUGCCUUACCCCAGUUGCUAUGCCAUGGGCAGCCCGCCGGCUGAAACUCUUCGUAAGCGACAAACUCGAGCCAACUAAAUCAAUACAUGGCACUGACGCUGGGAUUUUAACAGGGAUGUUCGACGCACCCAUCGAGCUUCUGCUUGUCAUACUUCUCUGCUUCUGCCCCUCGUGCAAAUGUCUCCUCGACAUCGGGUUUCCAGGCAAUCCUGAGAUUGCUGUUGACUCGAACUUCAACUGGACGCUCAACGGGGACCUCCAUCCGUUUCUCUGCCAGAAUUUAUCCAAGCGUGCCUUCGCUGCGGGUUUUACUAGCAGCAAAACAGGUCUCUUCUACUUGGCGGUGUAUUACGUAAAAGCAGGCGGUGAAAAUCAUACCAGCGCAGUGUGGAAAGCAAACAACGGAAGGCCGGUGCCUCUCGGUGCAAGUUUGAAGCUCCAAGUCGAUGGAAACCUGGUACUCUAUAAUCCUGACGGCACCGAAAGCUGGUCGACUAAAACGUCUGGACUUGGUGUGGCAGGCAUGCGGCUGAAUCAAACUGGAAACCUUGUUCUUUACAGGGAAGAUGACCAGGUUGUGUGGCAAAGCUUUGAUCAUCCUACGGAUACUCUUGUACCUCACCAGCUGAUAAAAACGGGGAUGAAACUAGUUUCCAGUAGUCCCGGUGGAACAGGUGAAGGAUACUUUUCAUUCGAAGUACAACCUUACGCAUUGGUCUUGUCCGCUCAGUCGCCUCUGCAGCGCUAUGGAGUGUGGAAGUUCGACCAAGAGAUUGGUUUUGUUGGCGUCAACUUUUCGAGCUUCAAUGUCUACAACAGGAAAAUGACAGUUAUUCAGUCGGUAGCACUGAGCAUAGUCUACAGUGUGAGGAGAAUACAGCUCUUCUCUACUGGAGAAGUGGUUGCGGACAUCGACUGGGACAUCCUCGAUCUGACCAAGUUCUUCAAUGGCUGGAUUGGCUGGGAUCUCUCUUAUCCGGGGGUCUGCGGAAGAUACAGUAUGACCAGGGAAGGCGAGUGCCAUUGCAUAGGCUUGAAGUCUGACAAAGGCACGCAAACUUACUUGGAGCCAGUGGAUUCUUUGGACGGCACGCUUGGUUGCCGUCUUUCUCAUGAAGGGGACUUAGCUAUGGAGUACAGGUUGGUGGCAGGGGAUAAGUUCUACGACUACUUGCCGCUCAAGUUCAUGCAAGGAGCUAUCUUGUCACAGGCGGACUGCCUGGAGACGUGCUUGACGAAUAGUUCGUGCAAGGCAGUUCUUUUCGAGGACAACAAUAGGACGUGCUUUCAUCUCACGGAAGUUUACACACUCAACGUGACAAGAGCUCCAGCGUUCUCGGCAUUUAUCAAGGUGAAAACCGGGACGUCUAAGUUGGUAGUACGCAACGCCAACCAUAGCAAAACCGGAGUUCUUAUAACGGCAGUCCUAGGGAUUGCUGCGCUCACAGUGACAGUCAUCGUCUCAGCGGUUGCUUAUUGGAAGAACAAGGUUGAUUUCUACUUCAAAAGCCGUCGACAGAGCUCGCAGGCUAUAGUCUCUGGUGCUGCACAAGCUCCACGUCCUUUCAACUUGAGGGAGCUGGAAAUGGCCACGAGAAACUUCAGCAAGAGGAUUGGCAGUGGAGGAUUCGGCACAGUUUUCGAAGGAUCUCUGUCGGAUGGAUCCAGGAUUGCUGUCAAGCUCCUUGACGAUUCAAACCAAGGCGAGAAGCAGUUCAAGGCGGAGGUGAGAGCCAUUUGCAACAUCCAUCACAGAAACUUGGUCACCCUGAGAGGCUACUGCUCUCAAAAACCACACCACUUCCUGGUUUACGACUACGUCCACAAUGGCUCGCUCGAUAGGUGGCUCUUCGACAGCAGCAAAGCGAAGAGCUUGGAUUGGAACCGGAGGUUUUCGAUAGUUCAGGACAUAGCCAGGGGCCUUGCAUAUCUUCACGAAGAAUGCAGCAGCACAGUGCUGCACCUCGACAUCAAGCCUCAGAACGUACUCCUGGACGAGAGCUUCACGGCAAAGAUCUCUGACUUUGGACUGUCCAGGAUUCUCGGAGGCGAUGGUAGAACAGACAAUGCGGUGACUGCGAUCAAGGGAACUCCAGGAUACAUGGCUCCAGAGUGGCUGACACAAACGAAAGUUACAAAGGCACUGGAUGUCUACAGCUUUGGGAUCGUGGUUUUGGAGAUCAUCACAGGCCUCAGUGCCGUGGAUGAGAGGAUGAGCAGGAAAAAUGUAUCAAGCACGCUUGAGGUGGUGAUAGAUCAAGGCAUGGAUAGGACCAAGAGAAGCAAAAUAGAGAGGUUGAUCCAAAUUGGAUUGUGGUGCACGAAAGUGGAGCAAAGCCAAAGACCUUCGAUGGUGGAAGUUGUUAAGGUGCUAGAAAUCUAA